AGCGAGCCUUUCGAGUGGCCGCAACGGGCGUUUCAACCAGCGGUUGUUCCAUUGCCUGAUUUCUCCUAUUUUAGUCCAGUGGGUCGCGACGCGGCCAACAGCAGUCCUCCGUGGAAGAAAAAAAGGACGACACAGGUGCAUGGCCAUUCAGGACGUCUUUCCGAAGGAGUAGCUUCGUGGAUCGGAAAAUCCGUCACCGUUUCAGAGCCGAGCCGAGCUGGAUGGAAUUCGGAGCUGCUAAUACACCUACCGGUCUCCCAUCCGGUGCUCAUUUGCAUGCUCAUCUACAACCGUCAUCGAGAUGUCGGUGCCAUUCCCUUGGAAUCGGAAUCGUGCCGCCUUCUCAUUCGUUCUUUGGAAGGAUCGCUCACACUUUCUCGAAGAAAAGAUCUGAUUCUUCCCUUCCACGUGUUUAUGAAGAUCCGGAUGAACUGGCUUCUUCCAAUCAGAUGGUCGUGGAUGUGCCAAUAGAAGUCCAAAUUCGGUAUGAGAUCGGACGUAUUAUCGGUGACGGUAAUUUCGCAGUUGUUCGUGAGGGAAUCGACAGGCGAACACGAGAUCGUUAUGCUUUGAAGUUAAUUGACAAAAAGCGUUGCCAAGGUAAAGAAGUGGUACUUGAAAGCGAAGUUCAAGUUUUGGGUCGUUUAAGACAUCCAAAUGUGGUUAAGCUGUAUGAUGUCAUUGAUGCCAACAGUAUUCUUUGUCUUGUUUUGGAACUUGUAGAGGGUGGCGACUUGUUUGACGCUAUUGCAGCUGCCGGCAAGUUUAGUGAACCGGAAGCCAAACGAAUGACGUCGGAUUUGGCUUCAGCCCUUUCCGAUCUCCAUUCGCUCAAUAUUGUCCAUCGUGACGUGAAACCGGAGAACCUUUUUGUCGUGAAUUUACCAGACGGAAUGCGCUCCUUGAAACUAGGCGACUUUGGUUUAGCUGAAGAGACGCAUCAACUGCUGUACACGGUUUGUGGUACACCCACUUACGUGGCUCCCGAAAUCCUUCUUGAGACGGGAUACUGGCUGAAAGUGGACGUAUGGGCUAUGGGAGUUAUUGUUUUCAUCCUACUAUGUGGUUAUCCACCUUUCGUGAGCCCAACCAAUGAUCAAGAGGAGCUUUUUGAAACUAUUUUGGCUGGACAUUUUGAAUUUGCAUCACCAUAUUGGGAUGAUGCUAGCCAGAUGGCUAAAGACAUGAUUACGCUCAUGCUCCAAACUGAUCCUGGGCUGAGAUUUUCUGCGUUGUAGAGGUUCUCCAACAUCCGUGGUUAACGGAGGAUGAAGAUUGGCCCGACACUCAACAGUGUAGUCGUUUAGGACUUCAUUUUGACACAAGUCAUUCUGCGACUGAAUUGUCAGUUGCACAAGUUACUGCUAAAA